AUGGGCAAUUCAAACACAAAAGAGUCGCGCGGCGACGGUGCCGAAGGCCUAGAUGCACGCCGCAACGAUGGCCGACCCCGCCGUAUGAGUCGAGGCGACCUCGGCGGCCUUCUCAGCCUGCAAACCGGCUCUCGCGACCGUGAACGCCAGGAUGCUCCAUUUGAACGUCGGGAGACACGACAGGAGCGAGAGGCACGGAGGCUAGAACGAGAGCGCGUUGCUCGUGCCAAGGAGCGAGAGCGCAGCAUGCGCGAAGAGCACAUCGACGGUGGCUUCCUUGUCACCUUGGGUACAUACACUGGCACCGAAGACUUCAGCAAACCAGUUGUGAGGCAACUGCAGGUCGAGCGAAAGAUUGCACCCUUCUGGCGUGGCCUGAAUGACUGGUCUGAAAGCUGGGCGGAACAUCAACUCGUUGCGGCAGCCCGCGGUCUCCCCAUACCGGCGGCUGAUGCGCCGCCGGAUCCCGAGCUGAUGCCCCGUCCCGCGCCACCACCGUCUGCAUCCACACAGAAUCUCAACAAUCUCACGGUACCUAUGGGGCCCCGCACGAUGUCGGCAGCCUCGGAUCGCAGCGAAUCAGCCAAUGGGUCCAACUUGCCGUCUCCUACGGCUGGAGGUACGGUGAAGAGCUCAUCGAUCAAGCCAAGGGCAAAGGCACUUGCAGCUGCUCUGAGCGUGAGCUCCCGGAAUGCUUCAUCUACUGAUUUGGCGCCGAAAGAGGUGAUGCUGCCGCACGAUCCGUUCGUCAACGGUCAACCCAUCGAGGUCUACCUGUACAAGGACGCCUCGGAGUGCCCCAUCUGUUUCCUUUCUUAUCCCCCCUACCUCAAUCGCACCCGCUGCUGCGACCAGCCCAUUUGCAGCGAGUGCUUUGUCCAGAUCAAGCGCGCCGACCCGCAUCUGCCCGAGCACCACCCUGACGGUGCUGCGCGGGAUCCCAACGAGGGCCUGAAUCCCGACGACCCGCCAGAGAUGCUUAUCUCGGAGCCAGCGGCUUGCCCUUACUGCCAGCAACCCGAAUUUGGUGUCACGUACGAGGCCCCGCCAUUCCGACGAGGCUUGGUCUACACGGCGUCGUCCUCCAACUUUGGGUCAACAGCCAUGUCGUCCCAGAGCUCGCUGAACUCAACCUUGCCACCUACGUCGCCGCAGCAACACGGACGAAGGCGAACACACAGCUUGUCGGCGACAGCCCCAGGUGUCAUCACCACGGACCGCGUGCGACCGGAUUGGGCGACUAAGCUGGCGUCCGCACGGGCACAUCAGGCCCGCCGCGCCGCAGCAGCGACGGCCCUUCAUACAGCGGCGUUUUUGGUAGGCGGAACCGAACAACGUUCGCUCUUGCGUGGCGGACGGUUCGGUCGUAGGAAUAACGGUACCGGCAGCAACGGCACGAGCACGCCCGGGCCAGAAAACAGUACUUCGGCCAUUGGCGCGCCCGACGGCCUGGAGCCUGGUGAGCGGGGGUCAUCCGCUGGCCAAGGAGAUGGUACCAGGCGGACCAGAAUGGAAGAACUAGAAGAGAUGAUGUUCAUGGAGGCGGUACGACUGUCACUGGCCAGCGAAGAGGAGCGCAAGCGGAAGGAGGAGAAGGCUAUCAGAAAGGAGGCUAAGAAACGCCAACAGGCCGAGCGAAAGGCACAGAAGAAGCAAAGCAAAGAUCCAUAUGGAGGAGGCUUGAGCGGUGCUAGUGGCAGCAGCCUCUCCCUUGGACUUGGCCGGAGGAGGGGAAACAGUGCCGCAAGCAACCUGAGGAUGGAAAUCACCGUCCCUGGAACGUCACAGUCUCCGCGAGGCGACGAAUCACCGGCAUCGGAGCACGAGGACAAGGGCGAGAAUGGAGUUGGCAAGGGCAAGGGCGUUGACAGAGGCGCGUCUGAACCGACAACCCCUGCGACCGCCUCUGGGGCUUCACUCCCGAUUCCUACGACGAGCUCUCGCGGAGGAUCCCAUUUACGGCAGAUGAGCAACGCAUCUUCCCUUGGGUCCUCCCUUGCCGACACACCAUCAGGCAGCUUUUCCGGUACUGGCUUCGUUGGGCCCGAAGGCACCGCCAACACCCGUCAGGGUCGAAGCGAUGACGGAGACGGCAAUGAACCGUUGUUCAACUUUCGAAGCUUGGCGGAGCUCGUUGGCGUCAACAUCGACGACGGAUCGGCACAUGCUGGCACAAGUGAGAGUGCCGAAGCUCCUCAGGGUGCGCAUGACGGCUCGGGCCGACCACUGUCGCAGGUGAAGGAAGACGAAAAGGAAGAGGCCGAAGCGGAGCACGUUGAAGCUCGUGAAUCAGAGAAACGCACUGGUGGAGCCGCGGACAAUGCCGAGGACCUGGAAAAGACCAUUACUCUUCCCCCGCAGGUUACGCUCACGCCCGAAGUGUCGUCUGCCAGCGACAGCGCCGAAAACAGCCGUCGCAUAGCGCUGUCUCCGGAGGUCACUUUGACGCCGGAGACGCCAGUACCAAUGGAGGAGUCCAAGACGGAGGACAAGCGACUGGGGCAUUCCAACGUCAUGGAGCACGCGACGCCCAUCGCGCAAUGA